UCUCCAGUUUCCAUACAUAUAAAUAGGCAUAAAUCACAAACCUAAUCCAUUUCCUCUCCCUCCAAGUAGCUAUGGGUUUAUCAUGUGUGGGGGGGACGCUGCAUGCUCUAAAGCUUGCAACCAUUCCUGCGAUGACCUUCUCUCUCUCUACAAUAAGAAUGGGAACAAGGGGCCUCCUACAUGGCCGAAUAUGGUCACCCAUGCCAUUAAUUUGUAGAGCAUUUUCUUCAAAUGCUGUUGAAGUGCCCUUGACCAGAGAACCUGAACUGGUGGUGAAACCCCAGUGGAGAGCUAGCAUUGACUUCAAAUGGGUACGUGACAAUAAAGAAAUCGUUGCAGCAAAUAUUCUGAACCGAAAUUCCACCACAGAUUUGGAGCUUGUGCUUAACCUUUACGAGCAAUUCUGCCGUCUCCAAAAGGAAGUAGAACGAAUGCGUGAAGAAAGAAAUGCAGUCGCAAAUAAGAUGAAGGGAAAACUGGAAUCUUCAGAACGACAAGCACUUAUAGAAGAAGGGAAGAAUCUGAAAGAGGGGCUUCUCGCUUUGGAAGAAGAUCUCGUUCAUCUCACAGAUAAACUUCAACUGGAAGCCCAAUGUAUGCCUAAUAUUACACAUCCAGAUGUUCCUAUCGGAGGAGAAGAUCAGGCUGCUUUGAAAAAAAUGGUUGGAAGUCCCCGCAUGUUUAGCUUUCCUGUAAAAGAUCACUUGCAACUUGGCAAAGAACUGGAUUUGUUUGAUUUUGAUGCUGCUUCAGAGGUAAGUGGGUCGAAAUUCUACUACUUAAAGAAUGAGGCUGUUUUGUUAGAAAUGGCCCUCGUUAACUGGGCACUCUCGGAAGUUUCAAGAAGGGGUUUUGUGCCUGUGACCACCCCAGAGAUCGUGCGGUCCUCUGUGGUCGAGAAGUGUGGUUUCCAACCUCGUGGACAAAAUACACAGGUCUAUUCUAUUGAAGGGAGUGACCAGUGUUUGAUAGGAACUGCAGAGAUUCCAGUGGGUGGGAUUCAUAUGGAUUCGAUCCUAGCAGAUUCAGAUUUACCCCUGAAAUAUGUCGCCCUUUCCCAUUGCUUUCGCACUGAGGCUGGUGCUGCUGGAACUGCAACGCGGGGCCUUUAUCGAGUCCACCAGUUCACCAAGGUUGAGAUGUUUAUCUUGUGCCAUCCAGAGGAAAGCGAUAACUACCAUGAGGAAUUGAUUAGCAUUGAACAAGAACUCUUUUCAUCUCUUGGCCUGCAUUUUAAAACACUGGACAUGGCUUCUGCGGAUUUGGGUGCCCCCGCAUUCCGGAAAUAUGACAUUGAAGCAUGGAUGCCAGGUCUGGGACGAUAUGGCGAGAUAUCAAGUGCUUCAAAUUGUACCGACUAUCAAAGUCGACGAUUAGGCAUCAGGUAUCGACCAGCUAUGACAGAGCCACCUCCCACCAAGCUAAAGAAGGGAAAGGGUGUCACAGGCCCCACACGAUUUGUGCACACUUUGAAUGCAACUGCAUGUGCAGUGCCCCGGAUGCUGGUGUGCUUGCUUGAGAAUUUCCAGGAAGAAGAUGGAUCUGUGAUUAUACCCCAAGUUUUGAGGCCCUUCAUGGGUGGGUUGGAUGUCAUCUCCCCUAAAUUAAAAUGAUUUGUUUCUAGGUUUAUUUAUUGAAAUUAGUUCUCUAUAUAUUUUUGGUUAGUAAACUGUUUAUUUUGUUCUCUUUGAUCCCCAUCUUAAUUGUUUUGGAUGUCGAAUCUCUUUCUUAUCCACAGGCAGGCAUGCAUUUAUUUUUGGCCAUGGAAUUUUUUAUGCAACUGAUACGAUACUUGCAUAGUUAUGUCAGAGGGGCCUAUUUAAUGAAUCGAUGUAAACUUUUGUGCAAGUGGUUAUUCUUUUGUAGUUGUAUGUUACAGGCCAGGUUCAACAGGACUGCUAAAUUUGUCAUUUUUAUUGAAGGUUUCCAAUAAAUUUGAAUUCAAAUAUUUUUAAGAAA